AUGGCAUCUAUCCUUCCUCGUGCCGGCUUCCGAGCAUUCACUGCCCUUCCCCGGGCUGUUGCCCUCCCCAGGGUCUCCCUCGCCUCCAAGCUUCCCCGCGCACAGCCUCUGGCGCAGCCCAUCGCUCGCCGUUUCGUCUCCAACAUCCCCCAAGAGCAGCCCCGACUGCGUCUCGGAUCCACUGCUCCGAACUUCAAGGCCCAAACCACCCGUGGAGAGAUCGAUUUCCACGAGUUCAUCGGCGACAGCUGGGCUAUCCUCUUCUCCCACCCCGCCGACUUCACCCCCGUCUGCACAACUGAGCUUGGCGCCUUUGCCAGAUUGAAGGGUGAAUUUGACCAGCGCGGUGUCAAGAUGAUCGGACUGAGUGCCGACAAACUUGACUCCCACGGUGAGUGGGUGAAAGAUAUCAACGAGGUCGGCAACACCAACGUUCAAUUCCCCAUCAUCGCCGAUCCCGACCGUAAAGUCGCUUUCCUCUAUGACAUGAUCGACCAGCGGGACCUUGACAACAUCGCCGAGAAGGGCAUUCCUUUCACCAUCCGUGCCGUUUUCAUCAUCGACCCCGCCAAGAAGAUCCGUCUGACUAUGCUCUACCCGGCCUCGACUGGCAGAAACUCCGCCGAGGUGUUGCGGGUUAUUGACGCUCUGCAGACCGCGGAUAAGAAGGGCAUCGCGACCCCUAUCGACUGGACGGUCGGGGAGGACGUGAUCGUGCCCCCCUCCGUGUCGACUGAGGAUGCGAAGAAGAAGUUCGGCGAGGUCCGCGAGCUGAAGCCCUACCUGCGUUACACCAAGGCCUAG